UGCAGUGAAUGAAAGGGGCGGAGCCAGGGACACUUCUAGUGCAUGUGAGAAGCUCCCAGUGUGCAGUGACAUCAGAGGAAGCCGUUUCAGUCCAGGGGAGGAGCCGCUACACCUGUGCAAGGCUGAAGGGGAGGAGCCAGUACUCCUGUGCAAGACUGAAGGGGAGGAGCCGAUACACCUGUGCAAGACGAGGGUAGGAGCCGGUACACCUGUGCAAGACGAGGGGAGGAGCCGGUAUACCUGUGCAUGACUGAAGGGGAGGAGCCGGUACUCCUAUGCAGACUGAAGGGGAGGAGCCAAUACACCUGUGCAAGACUGAAGGGGAGGAGCCGGUACUCCUGUGCAAGACUGAAGGGGAGGAGCCGGUACAUCUGUGCAAGACCGAAGGGGAGGAGCCAUACACCUGUGCAAGACUGAAGGGGAGGAGCCGGUACACCUGUGCAAGACUGAAGGGGAGGAGCCGGUACACCUGUGCAAGACGAGGGGAGGAGCUGGUGCACCUGUGCAAGACUGGAGGGGGG